AUGUCUCGCUACACCAGGCCCCCCAACACCUCCCUGUUCGUCAGGAACGUCGCCGACGCCACUAGGCCCGAGGACUUACGCCGAGAGUUCGGUCGGUACGGCCCCAUCGUAGACGUUUACAUCCCGCUUGACUUCUACACUCGCCGCCCCCGCGGGUUUGCCUAUGUUCAAUAUCCUCUACCGUAUCUGCUCAUGUUUGAAGAUGUUCGAGAUGCUGAAGAUGCACUCUAUAACCUCAAUAGGAAGUGGGUCUGUGGCCGGCAAAUCGAAAUACAGUUUGCCCAAGGUGAUCGCAAAACACCCGGGCAAAUGAAGUCAAAGGAACGCCACCUGUGCUCUCCGAGUGACCACAGGAGAUCCAGAAGCCCCAGCCAGAGGAGGUCUCGAAGUCGAAGUUCAUCUUGGGGCAGAGACCGGAGGCGCUCAGACAGCCUGAAAGAGUCUCGACACAGGCGGUCUUCCUACAGUCAGUCUAAGUCCCGCUCCAAAUCACUACCAAGGCAGUCUACCUCAGCAAGGCAGUCGAGAACACCGAGGAGGAAUUCUGGAUCGAGAGGCCGGUCAAGAUCCAAGUCCUUACAGAAAAGGUCUAAGUCAAUGGAAAAAUCAGAGUCACGCUCACCUCCAAAGCAGACUGGCUCAGGAGCAAAAUCCAGACCACAUGGACGGCACUGUGAUCCCAUCGCAAGAUCCCCAUGCAAGUCUCCUAGAGGGUACGCCAGCUCCGGAACCAAGACACAGACAGCGAAGCAUUCUCACUUUCCGUCACACUCCAGGUCGCGGGGUUACCACCAUAAAAACAGUUGGUGA